UCUCUCUCUCUCUCAGAGUUGAUGGGAGGUAAUCCCCACCAUGUGAGUGGGCGGUGCGGGUACCGGAGGCGUGUUCUUUUUUCUUUCCAUUAUUCAAAUGCCGCUGUACCUAUAAAAAGGGCGCCUGCGUGCGUCAGAUAGUUUUCUCCAAUGGGUAAAGGUGACUAAAUACCAGUUGUGUGUCUUUCGCCGGCUCGGUCGCAUCCCGCCGGUGAUGCACGACUCGGGCAGUGUCCAGAUGGCGCGGGCGCUGAAGCACGCCGCCCUGUGCCUGAUGCUGCUGCCCCGGUUCCUCCUGGCCGCGGUCAUGCUGUGGCUCCUGGAUUUCUUGUGCAUCAGGAAAAAAGUGCUGCUGAACAUGGGAGACCGGCAGGACAGCGCGGACGACCCGCCGGUGUGCGUCUCCGACUCCAACAAGAUGUUCACCUUGGAGUCCCUCAGGGCCGUGUGGUACGGACAGAAAUUGGACUUUUUCAAAUCCGCGCACCUCGGGCGCAGUGCGCCCAACACCGAGGUGGUGCUGGUCCAGGAGCAGCGGCGGGUCCGGAUCCUGGACUGCAUGAGGGGGAAGAGGCCGCUCAUUCUCAACUUCGGCAGCUGCUCUUGACCGCCGUUCAUGACGCGCCUGGCGGCGUUCCAGCGCGUCGUGAGCCAGUACGCGGACAUUGCGGACUUUGUAGUUGUAUAUAUCGAGGAGGCGCAUCCGUCCGACGGCUGGGUGAGCUCGGACGCGCCGUAUCAGAUCCCCAAGCACCGCUGCCUGGAGGACCGGCUCAGAGCCGCCCAGCUGAUGCUCGCCGAGGUGCCCGGCAGCAGCGUGGUGGUGGACGACAUGGACAACUCGUCCAACGCCGCGUACGGAGCCUACUUCGAGAGGCUCUACAUCGUCAGGGACGAGCGCGUGGUGUACCAGGGGGGCCGGGGUCCGGAGGGAUACCGGAUCUCCGGCCUCAGAAGCUGGCUGGAGCAGUACAGGGACGAUCUGGAGACUUCCCAGACCGCGGUGCUCCAUGUGUAGUUGGGGAAGAUGCCGAGCCCGCCUGCCACUUCAGUGCAAAAUAUUAAAAAGCUGCUAUCAAAUGUUCACACAUGGUACAUUAUGUUGUGUCCCCCCCCCCCCCGCAUCGACGAUGGACUGGACUCUGUGACAGAUAGCCUGAAGCCUUGCCGAAGCCCCAUCCCCAGGCUGGAUAGGCUGGCACGUUGUGCUCGUCUCACCUUCACUGAUUGCUCAUGGACCGAUUUUUCUUUAUUAUUUUUUUUUUUUUUUUUGUAUGGAAAAGUCUUGGAUCCGUUUAAACUGGAUUCAAUUAGUGGUCGCUCUAUUUUUCUACAGUGUGUGUGUGUGUGUGUGUGUGUGUGUGCGUGCGUGCGUAAAAGCGCGUGCGCUGUUCGCGUUAAUAUCUCGAUCCGCUCGGGUGUGUCUAUGAAGUUCGGUUUUUAAAAGGCGCAGCCAGAGAACCGACACUGAUGUUUCUGACGUCGCGAGCGGGUCGAUAUUAGCAGGAUCGGGCGCCAAACGAUGUGAUGUUGGUCAUGAAACGAAGAAGAUGUAACUGAACAAAUGUUUGUAAUAAAUGUCAGUCAUCCCUCACUGGUGAUUCACUGUCGACUGUGGAACAAACGCCGUAAACUUCUUCCUUCGGGUCCUUCUGUGGUUUGAUGGUUGGUAACGUGAUGAGCUCAUCGGUCAUACUCUCAGGUUUGAGGACAAUAAUAAUAAAAAAAAAAAAGUUUGA